CAACUCUUGGUGCUGCUGUCACUCGGGCUUACACUUGAAUGACUCCGGAGUAGGGCACGGUCUAUUUGAUCAGGCUUUAAUCGGAGCAAGCCCUUCCCUCCGUCCAAGAGGUUCAAUUGAACUGUCCCCGUCCGUGGUACGAUACAAUAUACCCAGAUGCUCAAUGGCGUAGACACCGCGCAUGUUCGUUGGCUCGAUCUCCCCACAGACGCAGCUGAAGCACAGCAUUAUCUGAAGACGUAGCGAUCUCUUGCAUAGCACUUCAGAAAUAUGUAUUGACGCUGUGUGUCGGCCUUGCCUUGCAGCGCAGUGCAUAGUGGCCACAGAGUUGACUCGUUACACUGCGAGGAGCUCUGCACAACCUGCCUCUUCAGGCAUCACAUGACGGCGGUGGCUCGACACCACCUCUAGCAUCGAGACCGUGGCUGAUUGACAUCACUGCACCUUGUUAAUGCUGAUCCAUUAGCUGACCCGGCAAGGACUCCAUCGACCAUGAACUGGACCGGAGGGCGUCUCCGACGUCAUUCUGCUAUUCACGCAAAGAGCAGAAAGCAGAGGUUCAAGAAGCAGAGGACAAAUAGAGACCUCAAAGCUACGGGAAUUGCGCUUCUUGACCUACCUGCGGACUGUCCUCGGCGGUCGCCGGGCCAGCGUAGCAGGGAAGUCUCUCCAGCCUCCAUCGCCGAGAGUCACCACAAAUCCUCCAACGAUAAGGAAGACUCACAGCCCCGCCAGCGUCUGGACCGCCUCCGACGCGACCUCCUGAAAAAACCCGAUUGGGCCGCCGUUGCCGCAGCACGGCCAAUCCAGAUUGCAUUCCCCACUCCAGAGUCGCUGGCAAGGUUUGGGAAGCGGAGAAAGAUAACGGAGAGUGAUCGGACGAGACUGACCACUUCUGGCUCGCGCUCAGCUCAUGUUGUAUGGCAUAGCAAGCGCAAGGGUUCUCCCAUGGAGGCGGUGGACUUCUCACAGAUGAGUCUGAGGAUCAACGGCAAGCGGGUGGUGAGAAGAAGUACGGACUCUGGACCGGAUCAACCAGUCAUUACGUCUUCUCAGUCAAUGCUGCUGGACAGCGACCGACCAGUCCCCACCAAUCAAUGCGUGCGGGCGCAUUCACCUCAGAGUUUCGAUGGCAGUGAUGUCUUUCAAGACAGCUCGCUUUUGCUCAAAAGUAGCAAGCCGUCGGUGGUUGCACAUCCAACGUCCUCUGUCCUCGACUAUGACUCGUAUGCUCCGAAUUCAGAAAGCGUCCUAUCGAAUAGUGGACUGGAUAGAUACCUGGGACCACUUGAGGAUUCUCAAAGUCUGCGGCCAUACUCGAGUAGACCUAUUAGCCCUAGCUUGCAACCGCAGGGAGCCGCACGUGUUAGAUCGAAGAGUGUACUCGAGCAAGACCUACUUGGACAGAAGGACUUGAGACCAUACCAGGGUAGAAAUACGAGCCCUGAUCAGGAAUUACUGGUUCGGCGACGGUUCACCAUCGAUGAUCAGAUUGACGCUGAACGAGAGGGUAGAUUGACACUGCCCUGGAGUCAUCAGUCCAACAAGAACCAAUUGAACACCAGAACCUGGUCACCGCUGUCAAUUGACUCAGAUGGGCGGACAAUGGAGCAUGUGUCAGCUACUGUGCCGCCUCUCCAUGAAUAUGCCUGGCUUCCCGAACCACGUCUGCGACUGGAGAAAGAAAGACACAAAACUGACACGACGAGACUCAGAUCACGAACAAGACCUACCACAAGCUACAAGAAUAGCCCAAACCUACCGUAGACUACCGACAGUCUACCUUGCCCUGGAGAGCGACUGGCCCGUCCACUCGACACAGACAACCAGCCCAUACCUCUGGCCUCGUUCUCUGACGGAUGACGAAGACCAUCAGGUCAUUGCAUCAAUAGCAGU